GCUGAUCGACAUCAACUAUUUAAUCCUUCCUAUUGCCCACAUUACUCCCGCAUUGUUUGUGAUUGUCAGGCACGACUUACCUAGUACUUACCUAGGUACCUACCGAGAGACUUCACAUAAUACUUCCUUCCUUCCUUUGUUUGUUGAAUCUAUAACAUUCGUUCCUAACAAAGGAAAAAAACAUCAAGACUCUUCCUCCUUCUUACAACUUACUUCGAAAGUUCCUUACCAAGACACGCCAUCGCAAACCUGAUUCUCUACUGGCAGCCAUGCAGUUAAUAGCAAUUGUUACCAGCAUAGUCGCAGCUGUGACUUGUGUCUCUGCUCGCGGAAGACCGUCGCUAGCUAAGAGAGAAAUCGGAGGUGUCCUAAUCUGUAAUGGCGCCAACGCUACGGGUGCGUGCCACUAUGAGGUCUAUUCUCUCAAGGACUGCCACAACAUGCCCGACGGCUUCUCGGGAAGCACCAAGACCUUCGCUCCCGAUGGCGACGCGUUCUACUGCUUUCCCAGAGUAGGUCAAUGCGAUGAAAUCUGCACAUCGCCCACGGGCUGCACAUUUGGCGCCGUCUCCUUCUACAACCCUGUCAAAUGGGACCUGUCAACCAUACAGUGGGACCAUCUCAUCGAGUCGUUCGACUGUUACCAGAACCAAACGACAAAAGCAUAGAUGAGGAAGUGUCGACGUGAAUUGAUUGAGGAGGUUAAUGGAAUCGUCGGAAAUGGUGUUAGACAAAAUAGACGUCCUUAAUACUAUAAUGAGUAAAAACAAGAAGAUGGAAGUCGAAUUGAGUUUACGAUUAAUUAAAACGAAACGAAACCAAACGAGCUAGCGGGAUGCCGAUGAUUCGACGACGGAGUCUUCCCGGUAUUCGGAGUGUUUCUGGUAUUCAAACGGCGCCAAUGACGUCGGUCUAGAUGCUUGGAAUGUGGGGUUAGAUAAAGGAAACGACAUCUCGGGGCUGUUCUGUACGCACCGAUGGCGGGGUUAUUCUUCGAUAGUCCAAAAAACUGCCGGGGAGGAGCUUGAGGGGAAUCGGAAGAUGGUUGAUGUAGUUCUCUCUCACACA